AUGUACGUUGUGUCGACAUCGCGCCCGUCCACGGCGGCGUUUGGCGCUGCUGUUGGACGCUUCUGUGGCGGCGGGACGACCUACGUUGCGCUGAAUCGUGGCACGCUGCUCUCCGUCUACGCCUGCCGCCAGAGCAACUCUGGGAUUGACCACGUCCAAGACUUUCACAUGCAUUGCACAUUGAAAUAUGUGCGUGCCGUGCUUGUCGUAGAGGGUACUGCACCGCAGAAACCCUCACGUCACCUCCUCUUCCUUUGCACCUACAAACAGGAGAUUCUCCUCGCAGCCCUCGAGACGUCCCCGGACCUGAGCGGCGGUGCACCACCGCUGCGGAUGACAACGCUGUUCCAAAGCGAGCCCACGGACUGCUUGUACCAGUACGACCCCAGCGAGGUUGAGCUGUGCAGCUGCUCGAGCGCGGUCAGUGGGGCAGGCGCACAGCCCCCGUUUGUCGCUUUUGCCCUGACUCGUGGGGAGCUCUUCCUCUUUGACGUCUUUGCAGCCCUCGCCCGCGACGCGGUCAAGCGCAAGCAAAAUGGGCAUCUGGCGCGCCUGUUUUCGCCGGAGCUGGUGGCCCACGUCGCUCGCCGUGCGAAAGCGGAUAUCUUCUCCCACUGCUACAUGGACUGCACAGAGUACGAUGUGAAGGACAUCUCGUUCGGGUCCCCGUCACCAUGUCUGAAGGGGCAGACCCACGGAGCCGCACAGCGGCCCAGCGCGAUGGGUGCGAGGGGCGACAGUGCAUCCGCGUCCAUCUCGCUGUACGUGCUCUACGGAGACCCGUACGGCAAGGUGCACAUAGCGGAGUAUGAAGUUGCCUUCUCGGCUGUCACAGAGAUGGAGGUGGCGGGCGACAGGAAGGGCUUGGGCAGCUCGAUCCGUCAGCCGCUUACUCCCCCGCCUUCUUCUGUCGAGUUUGCUUUGCUUGGUCGGCGAGUGCGUCGUUGCGGAUUGUUGCAGCCGAACGUCGAUCCUACGGCAGCGCACAUUGUCGCCAGUCGCCACGGGCUCUUCGUUGUGGGUAAUCACCUUGUCACCCUUAUCCACCAAGUGCGGCCGCGCAAAGGCGUCUAUUCGCGCGAGAUCCCGUCGCGGCAGGCAAUCCUCGACGUGAGCUGCGCGUCAGUGUCCGCUGACGCGUCCGAGUUGGUAAUUGGGUUCCGUGACGGUAUCCUCGCCCGAGUUACGGUCAUCUCCAGGGGCAUGAGCGGUGAAGAUCCUGUGUUGGAAUUUCGCUUUCUGCCUCAUCCUACGCCGACGACUCCGACGGAGAUCGUCACGCUGCAGGGAGACCUUUGCUUACUCUGCUCCCGAUUCGACAGCAGUUUCACGGUGCGGCUUGAUGAGGCGUCGUGCGAGGAAGUGCUGCACAACUGCGGGCCAGUGCUCGAUAUGUCCACGCACCAAAGCGGCGCCCAAUGUAGCGUCGUGGCGGCCACCGGCAUUCACCGCGGAGGCGGCGUCAGCGUGCUGCGAAGCGCUGUAAUGCUUCGGGAGCAAGCAAGCAUUCCUCUUCGUUGCCACCCGCAGCGUGUCCUUUGCGGCGGAGGGCUAAUGUGCAUCACGAUGACAGCAGCAGCAAACCGUUUCUUCCUUGUCUCGGCGCGCGCACUCACACUGGAAGAGCUUGGACCUCACGUGUUCCCGGCGAUCGUCUCGCACCAUCUCCUCGUCGAGCUCGGACUUGGUGCGGCGGCCGGCACGUUGGUGCUCAUUUCCGUCCGUGGCAUUGCCUGGUUGCGAUUGUUGGGGUCUCGAUGCGAAGUGGUGUCGAAGCUACCCCGCCAAGCGGAAGACCCAGACAUCCUUUUUGCGGCGGUUCGGCACGGCUUGACAGCCGUGUGCGACGGGACCAUCGUGACCGUGUAUCGUGGACAGGAAGUGGUGUGUACGGUUCCGUCACUUGCCGGCGUCGCCGUUUCAGCGGUGUCGCUCGUGAGCUCUGCACUGCUGGUGGUUGGCCAGUGGAACGGCGUUGUCGCCUUGUACGAAGUAGGAUGCCGUCACGCAGAGGUGGUCGGGCGACUUUUACUAGACGCCGUGCCCCGCUCUAUCGCGUCGGCGUUACCGCAGCUGUCGCCGUUGCCAGUGGUGGGCGAGAGUGCGUUGCCGACCAUCUACAUCGGUACCCACCACGGUUUUCUGGUCGAGACCACGAUUGCACAGCUGCGUGAUGGUGAGGCCCGCCGCUCAGUGUUUGUUGCCCCGCACCCGCUCGAGCUCCUGGAGCUUGGAGGACCGCAUGCGGGGCUGCUGUGCCUCGGCAACGUCCCGCUCGUUGUGUUGUGUGGCGCUGGUGGCGGUGUACAGCUGACUGGGCUACACGUGAUGGGCGUGUCCGCCGCCGCAACAGUGGAGGCAGAUUUGCAGUGCUACGCCUUUUACUCCAAGCAAGACGGCCGUCUUCACAUCGGCUCUCUGGAGGCGCUCGAGAAGACGUCGCGAACGUUUUUGCCACUAGGCGAAACCGUCACGCAGCUGCAUGAAACCGCCGCCUGGGGUGGCUACGCGGUGGCUGUGCGCAAGGUGGAGGGGGAUGAAGUUCUUUUUCUUCCGUCGAGUGUCAUACAGUCCCCGUGGACCGCUGACCUAGGCUUGUGGCGGACGGCCGCUGUACCGCUCCUCGAGAACGAGCGCUGCGUCUUUCUCCAGACGGUGCGACUGGAUGGCUCAGAGGGUGGCGGGCCUGCAGAGAGGUGUGGUGAGCAAAUCGACGUGCCGGCGAUCACUAGUGCUGGUGUGAGCGAGGAGGACUGGCAGCACCUGCUUCUCGUCGGCUCCUCCUUCACAUUUCCAGAUGAGCAGCGCGCGCGCUCUGGAAGGGUUAUGUGGUUUGCUCUGCAUGAGGAGCGCCAAGGCCAACGGCUGCGCCUCAUCGCCAGCAAGGACAUUGGCGGUGCGUUGCAGUGCUGCGCGGAGGUGCCGUACUAUAAGGGCCGUAUCGCGCUUGGCGUGAACGGCUGUGUUUGUUUGUACAAGUGGAACACGGAGGAUCAAACCUUUGUGGCUGAGGAGCGCUGCCGUGUCGGACUCACGGUGACGAGGCUGAUUCCGCUCUACAACACAGCCCUGGCCGCCUCGGUGCUCGUCGCGCUGGACGUGCGGCACAGCGCUUUCUUCAUAGAAGUGGAUCUGCUGCAGGGAAGCCUCAAGGUGCUUUGCCGCGAGGGAAACCUGCGCGGCGUGAUGGACGGCUACGUCGGCUCUGACGCCGAGAAUCUGUGCCUCUUUGACGAUAACCUCAACUUUACGGCGUUGAAAGUGGUACCUUUGCCUGUUGAGCCAGGAGACGGCGAUGCUGCUGCGGCGGCCAGCGGGACGCCGCAGUGUCGCUUUGAAGUGCGAGCACAAUACCACGUGGGCGACCUAGUGACGUGCGUGCGGCCAGGCAGCUUUGCCGCCACGUCGCUGAUGAAGGCACCGACGCCAUCCUCCUCGGUGCCGAGCCCACUGCUUUUGCCAGGCAUCGCCGGCCCGCAGUUGGUGUUUGCUACUGCGCACGGUGGCUUUGGUGUGGUAACGCCACUGCACGCGGCCACAUACCUUGUCCUGCGGGCGCUAGAGGCGUCACUGGAGCGCACGUUGCCCCCGCUGGGGGGUCUCUCGCACCAGGCCUUCCGGGAGGUCUUGCGCGCUGGCCAGGAGCGAGGGGUAAGCUACCUUGCGUCCAAGGUGGGGUGCGCGCUGACGCGGGAGCGCCUGCGUCGGUAUGAGUCGCUCAACACCGUGGAUGGUGACAUGGUAGAGCAGUUUCUGUGGCUCUCGCUGCACGAGAAGCGACACGUAUGCCGGGUCACCACGGAUGUGUUUCUCCAUGCCUUCGCCCAGUGCGUUAAUGAUUCCGGAAUUUUUGUUGCACCGCCAGCGAAUCAGGAGCAAUGCAGACAGAGCGCGCCCGGUACCACCAUGCAAUCCUUUUCGCAGUACCCUAAGGACACCAUUGCCCAGGCCAAGCUCUUCUUGGAAAAGGGCAGCCUUCCGCUUCCCCCGUUUGCGGUCGAGGCGCUAGAGCAGCUCGUUGUGAACCUCCAGCGGGUGCACUAG